UGUGGUCUGUGGGUGGCAGUGUGGUGAUAGUGUGUGUGUGUGUGUGAUAUGCUGUGUGUGCUGCAGAGUGUGUACUCCUCCGUCCAGACGCUGCUCUCCUUCUCAGAAAGCGUGCAGUACUCGGAUGGCCGCGCGGCGGCGCUGCUCCUCGACUCGGACCCCACGCGCCUCAGGAACCUCGUGGCGGGGCUCGUGGUGUGCUCGGAGGACACGCGCGUGCCUCGCGCCGCCAGCCGCGCUCAGCUGGCCACGCUGCCCGAGGUGUUGGCGUUCGUGCUGAACCACAUGAAGAGGAAGAAGAAGAGGAACGUCAUAAGCUUUGGCUAUCACUAUAGCGACCGGCAGGGGAACUGGGACCCCUUCAAGUUCCACGGUGCUGUCUCCCAAAGUGCUGCCUUCAUCAGUGGUAGCGAGCUGUGGGCCAAGAUCAACCAGCGGCUGGGCACUGAGGUCACCAAAUACCUGCUGCAAGAGUGCUCGGUGUUCGUCACUGCGCCCCCUUCCUGUCUGGUGCAGGUUUGCGGCGUGCCUGUUUAUGACCUGGUACCUGUGCGCACCUGGUCUGGGUUCUUCCUCACCUCCGGCCCACCUGUCGCCUGUGGCAGCAGCAAGAGAGGGGGAAACAAGCCUAGAGUGAGAAAAACUAGCAAAAAGAGAAAGAAUGAAGAAGGACAAAGUGGUUCCACCACCUGUGGAACCGAGACCGAGGCAAGCAAAGGUAGAAAACCAGCCAACACUAAAAAGAGAAAGAUAGACAAAGUAGAAGAAGGAGCCCAAGAUGUAGAAAGCACUAGAAAGAGAAAAAGAGGAGGAGGAGAUGGAGAAGAAAGCGAAAGAAGAGAGGACGAGGGUAGUGAAGCCAAGAAGAAAUGUCUUGAUGUCGCAGAACAUGCCAACAGUCAUCCUGAAGAGCCUCCAGUAGAGACGAACAGAACAGAUUCUGUCCAGUCAGAGUGGGUGGAGUCAGCCUCAUCAGGCCCAGCCGCUAAAGAGGGAUCAUCCAGUUGGAAGCCGAGUGACCAGCCUCCUCCACGCCCCUCCCACUGCUCCAUCCGGGUACUCAGCAUGCUCUAUUGCGGCCGCGGCAUGAAGGGCUUCCUCCUCAACCGGAAGAUACGGAGAGGAGUGGGCGGAGCCAGGCGCCUUCAAGGGGCGGAGCUUGCGAGGAUAAUCUUCCUCCAGGGUUUGUCCGGAGCAGAACCGAAACCAAGAAAGCUUCCCAAACGUUUUUUCAGAAUGGUGCCCCUCUUCAGCCAGUUGCUACGGCAACACAGGAAGUGCCCCUACGCCCACUUCUUGCGUAAGAAGUGCUCAGGCAGGGAGGGGAAGGAAGACCUGUCGUCGCUGCUGGUCUCCCACUGCUCCUUCUACAGGGUCUACCUGUUCAUCAGGGAGUGUGUACGGUACGUCGUUCCGCACGAACUCUGGGGCUCUGAGCAGAACCUGCUGAACUUCUUGUCCCGCGUAAAGCAUUUCCUGCGUCUAGGGAAGUUCGAGAGGCUGUCGCUGGCUCAGGUGAUGUGGAGGAUGAAGGUGAGCGACUGCAGCUGGAUCGGACACCAAAAACGUCACUGUCCCAGCGAGCAGCGCUACAGGGAGUGGAUUCUGGGUCAGUUUCUGCUCUGGAUGCUGGACAGCUUUGUGCUGGGUCUAGUUAAGGCCAUGUUCUACGUCACUGAGAGUAUGGGCCAUAAACACGCGCUGCGCUUCUACAGACGGGACGUCUGGACCAAACUGCAGGAGCUGGCCUUCAGGGAACACCUCUCUAAAGGCCAGUGGGAGGCUCUGACCCCCCAGCAGGUGGUGUCGCUGCCCAAAACCACAGUAACGUCCCGCAUACGAUUCAUCCCCAAAACCAAUGGUAUGCGGCCAAUCACACGGCUCACAGGCACUGGAGCGGCCCUGCAGCAGUUCCAGAGUUCUGUGCGGGACCUCCAGAACGUGUUGGGUGUAUGUGUGCGGGAGCGGCCGUCUCUGCUGGGCUCCACAGUGUGGGGGAGGCAGGACAUCCACAGAGUGCUGAGCUCCAUCGCACCCCAACACACAAACACACGACACCCCCUGUACUUCGUUAAGGUGGACGUUAGCGGUGCGUACGAUAGUCUUCCUCACGCUAAGCUGUUGGAGGUGGUGGAGGAGGUUCUGGGUCCAGUUCAGGAUUACUGUUUCUCUCUCAGACACUACGCUAAAGUGUGGAGGGAUUCUUCACUCAGCAUCAGGAAACAGUUCUGCACCAAGGCCGAUACCGUCGAGUCGUUGAACAUGAAGGGGUUUGCUGUGGAGGAGCAGAACAGCGGGAGACUCCACAACGCCAUUCUGGUGGAGAGGUACUCCAUGGAGGUGAGAGGUGUGGACGUUCUCCAGUUUUUUAAGCAGAUGCUGAGCAGCUACGUCAUUCAGUACGACCAGAAGUGUUUCCGACAGGUGCGCGGGGUUCCUCAGGGUUCUGCUGUGUCCACCAUGCUCUGUAACCUGUGCUAUGGCCACAUGGAGAACUCUCUGCUGAAGAACAUCACGGAGAAAGGAGGGUGCCUGAUGCGGCUGGUGGAUGAUUUCCUGCUCAUCACCCCGAGACUGAGUAAAGCAGUGCAGUUCCUGAAGACCUUGCUGGCAGGGGUUCCUGAUUACGGCUGUGAGAUUAACCCACAGAAAGUGGCUGUAAACUUCCCUGUUUCGUGACGAGCUUUCGUUCCCGGAAUCACAGAGCUUCCCCUGCAGUGCCUGUUCCCCUGGUGUGGCCUGCUGAUCGACACCAGCAGCCUGGACGUCUACAACGAUUACUCCGGAUACGCUGGCCAAUCACUGCGUUACAGCCUGACGUUAGGCUCCUCCCCCUCAGCGGCCGUGUUCAUGAGGCAGAAGCUGCUGACGAUCCUCCGGCUGAAGUGCGACACCAUCUUUCUGGAUCUGCGUUUAAACUCUGUGGAAGCUGUGUAUAAAAACAUCUACAAGAUCCUCCUGCUGCAGGCUUUGAGGUUCCAUGUGUGUGUGAGGAGUCUGCCGUUGGGACAGGACGUGAGAACCAACCCCAGGUUCUUCAUGAAGAUCAUCUGGAGCACAGCCAAGACCAUCAGCAGGUCCAUCACUCACACAAACUCAGUGGGGGCAGAUGAGCUGGUCAGCGCUGUAUUACAGUAUGAAGCUGUGGAGCUGUUAUGCUGUUUGGCGUUUGGGGUUGUUUUGACCCGUCAUCGUCCGUCCUACAGCUGUCUGCUCCCUCAGCUUCAUAAACGUAAAAGGCGUCGGUGUUCUGAGCUCCGAGGUCUGAGGCUGGCGCGGGUUCUCCAGGCAGCUACUCCCAGAAUUCCUCCUGAUUUCAGCACCAUCCGCAUCUGAAACACCUGGAUUCGCUCUGUUCAGCGCUCUGAGGAACGCUGGUGCUGCUGGUUCAGAUCCAGAACUCUGAACCUUUACUGACAGAACUUUCAGACCAGCUCUGUAUGAUAUAUCGAUUAUUAACCGUUAUCGGGAUACUGACCUUCACAAUACUGACAUCACACGAGGCUACAAUAGGUAAACGAGCCCUCUUUGACCAAUCACAGCUCCAGAUGAGUUUCUGUGGGCAUUUCCAUGAGUCAACAUUUGGGCUGAAUUAAUUUGAUAUUGAAA